GCAAAAGUUCGGAUACUUCCUCAACCAGAACCCGAAUAUUCACAGUACUCGUUGCCAGACAUUGGAUCCGUUUUUAUAUUAAUUUCCUUCGUUUUUACUUUGCUUACUCGUCUUUCGCUUGAAAAUGCUCGCCGCUCGCUCUCCUCUUGCCAAGAAGAAUGAAAACGCCAUCAUCUCUCAGCUUGAUGACAUAACACUUAUUGACAAAGAAAACACUCCUCCCAGCUUGAGCCACAAACGGGUUCUUGCCUCCAAAACGGCGCGUAAAAUCUUUGAAGAUCCUGAGGAUAAACCAAAAACGACAAAAGACAACACACAGGAAGAGCCACUUUUGAAAGACAAUCCACGCCGUUUCGUCAUUUUUCCAAUUCAAUACCAUGACAUUUGGCAGAUGUACAAGAAGGCAGUGGCCUCAUUCUGGACGGCGGAGGAGGUUGAUCUAUCCAAAGACGUGCAGCAUUGGUUGUCUCUAAAAGAUGAGGAGAGGUACUUCAUCUCCCAUGUGUUGGCCUUUUUUGCUGCCAGUGAUGGGAUUGUCAACGAGAAUCUGGUGGAGCGUUUUACACAGGAAGUCCAAGUCACUGAAGCGCGGUGCUUCUAUGGCUUCCAGAUUGCCAUGGAGAACAUUCACUCAGAGAUGUACAGCCUGCUCAUUCAUACCUACAUUAAAGACUCCAAAGAGAGAGAGUAUCUCUUCAAUGCCAUUGAGACGCUCCCAUGUGUCAAGAGGAAAGCUGACUGGGCGCUGAACUGGAUUGGCAACAAGAAGGCUGAAUUUGGAGAGCGAGUUGUGGCCUUUGCUGCUGUUGAGGGAAUCUUCUUCUCUGGCUCCUUCGCUGCCAUCUUCUGGCUGAAGAAGAGGGGUCUCAUGCCUGGCCUGACUUUCUCCAAUGAGCUUAUCAGCAGAGAUGAGGGCCUGCACUGUGACUUCGCAUGCCUCAUGUUCAAGCACCUGUUGAACAAGCCUUCAAAGGAGACUGUUACCAACAUAAUCAAGAAUGCAGUGGAGAUUGAACAGGAGUUCCUUACCAAAGCCCUGCCCGUGAAACUGAUAGGCAUGAACUGUGAGUUGAUGACGCAGUACAUUGAGUUUGUGGCUGACAGACUGAUGCUUGAGCUGGGCUUUGAUAAGGUGUACAGAGUGGAGAAUCCCUUUGACUUCAUGGAGAACAUCUCUCUAGAGGGCAAGACCAACUUCUUUGAGAAGAGGGUGGGGGAGUACCAGAGAAUGGGUGUCAUGUCUGGGACCACUGACAACACUUUCAGACUGGAUGCUGACUUCUAAGCCCUGUACAGGCACAAUGACACUUAAUGUAAAGACAUUUGAAGAGGACCUGGGACAGAGUGGACCACCUCCAUAUUCUAUUGCUAUUUUUAUUCUAUUAGAAUUGUUAUGCUUUUGUAUAGAUCUAUAACAUUUUUUUCAUCCCUGCGGUAAAUAAAUUGUUUUAAUUUGUGGAGCGUAUGUAAUGUAUGUACCCUUUCAAUUUAUUUUUUUUAAUGAGGGAAUUUGUAAUACAAUUCUGAACGUCA